AUGCAUGAAGAGAAUGAAUACCAUAGUAUAGCAAUCACGAGGGUGGCCAUAAGAGGGAACGUCCUCACGAGUAUAUAUCAGGCUAUAAAAGCUCAAGAUUUCAAGGGAGUGAUUAUCAAACAGGUAAUUGCUGGAGUAGGGGAAAUAAUAGAAAGAGGGUCAGUUUUGCCCGAGUGUGAUAAAGAAUGGGGCAUCGGUAUAUGUAAUGGCCUCGAAACCGUCUAUCCUUGGAGUCAAUAG